AUGACUCCACCUUCAAAGCCUUUGGCAGCUUCUAGUAAGCGAGGAGCCACCUUUGUCAACUAUACACCUGCAGAGGCACAGGGAACGAAGAGUAAAAAAGGGCACGCACACUGGCUGGCGACGGAAAUCCCCAUCGAGCAUCUAGUCCAAACCGAAACACAGCGCAAACAAAUCUCCUCUAUCCAUCAGCACGGUCAGCUAGAAGACCACAGCUUUGAGGCCUCCGACUCAAAGGACCAGAUGAUAGCUAAAGCGCUUCUCGCUCGAUGCGGUCUCGAUACAGCCUCAUUGGACAACCUCAAGGCUCGUUGGAAGUUCUGUAUCAAUGUAAAUGUGGUUAUGCUGAGGGAGAGGUUGGAACGAAGGAGCGACAUGUUCCUUUACCAUUCACCGAGUGCCUUGGACAUGUAG